CCCCGGCGCAGGUCAGCAUCGCACUGAGCCUGGACCUCCACGCCCUCUCAACGUCCGGCCCGGCUCGAAUCCAUCUCGCCAGCAAAGCGAGCUGGAGACGAGAACCUCCGCUCCUACUCCGUGGUCCUCCUCGAUCUGCUUGGGCCGUGUCCAGCGGUCAACGUCACGGCUAUACCGUGGCUGGCAGCAGAAACGGCGGAGUGGCAAACACAGCGUUUGUCAGCGGUUUCUAGCAUGAUAGCACGCGGUUCGGACUCCUUUAUCUGACGCCGUUCGAACCUGGAGACCAAGCUGCCAAGUCAACGCUUCGUCAUCUUCAUCGCCUCCCCGCCGCGGACGACCGAGAACUCUUCCCGUCUACCACACCAUGAGCGAUUACUAUCACCGCUUCCUGUCCUCGAUGGCAGGGGUGGGAGAACAUCCGAACCCGAAUCCUCAGGAUGCUUCCCCUUCACUCCAGCAGCCGCCUGGCAUUCCGCUCGGCGGCCAGCCACUGUCUAACUCUUACCAGAGUCUUGGCUAUUUCAGUGGCUUCCCGGAACCCAUCAUGUUUAACUCGCAAAAGGCGCAGAGGAGUCGACGCAAGUCGGCCCCAGGGUUGGAUCACAUCAAACACCGGCGAACAAGAUCGGGUUGCUACACCUGCAGAAGCAGGCGCGUGAAGUGUGACGAAGCGCACCCCGUAUGCGAGAGGUGCAGGAAGGGGAAGCGAGAAUGCGUCUACCCGGAACCCCCCGCCGCAAGGAGUUCAUCGGCUCAGGAUUUGAAGGAAGGAUCAGGGCCGAGUCAGCAAACUAGCCCGACAUCUUCGCGCGACGGGGACGAAGAAGAGAUGGACCAGGACAUCAAGCUGGGCCCUAUCAUGGACGAGGAUGAGAGUCAGGCCGAGAGCGUGAGCCGAAAAUCGAUUCCUAACAUACCACCUCGAAGAUCGAGCACGACUUCCUCCUUUUCUCGCCAUCCCUUCGCGGCCGACCCUCGACACGGCUCGGAAACGCCGUCUCUGGAAGGCACCAAAAGUUCCUCGCCAUCAGUAUCCACGGGCGCAACUAGCAGCCUCACCCCGGCGGCUCUACAGGUUUCUGAUUUCCCGUCCCAGGCCGGGACUACGCGUCCUGACUGGUCCUUCCUCCCCCAGGAACUCCAGUUCUAUCUCAACCACUUUUACGAGAACAUCACGCAUUACCACUACUGUAUGGUCAACGACUCAGACGACUUCUUCCGGGCGAUCCUGCCAAACAUCGCAGUUCGCAAUGAGGCCCUCCUUUAUGCUAUCGUGGGGUUUUCCGCUUACCACCACACUUUGAGGAACCCAAACGGCCAGAUCAAAGAGUUCCUGCAAUAUUACAAUAGGAGCGUGACUUUGCUCCUAGCUUUCCUGAAAAGGAAGGAGAAGCACAACAUAGGGACUCUCUUGACGAUCUUACAGCUUGCCACGAUCGAGGAAUAUUUGGGAGACUGGGUCAGCCUCAUGGGCCACCAGAGAGCGGCGUUCGAGGUGCUGACGCAGCUAUUCUCACCCGAGUCCGCCAUGCAGUCACCAAUGAGCCGUGCGAUACUGGCUUGGUACUCGCGAUUCGACAUCUUUGUCGGCAUGAUGGGCCGUUUCGAGACGGCCCUGCCGAGAGAGUGGUUCUCGACUUUUGUUGAAUACUGCGACUCGCAGGUGGCGGCCGAGCCAGACAAGUCGGCAUGGAAGAUCGAGGCAUGCAAUGCUCGGUUCCGCCUCAUUACGAUGGAGAUGUCGAUCCUGUUUGGCAAAGGGGCUAGGUCGGAGCUUGCGGGAGACGCCUAUUUUGCCGAGCACCGGAGACUAUCCAAGGAACUCCAGGAUUGGAAAGAUGGAUGGGACCCGGCGCUGACCGAUCCCGCGCUGAUGGUGACAGAAUUCAGCAACGAGCGGCCACUGUACCCAAGCGACAUUGUGAACCCUUUUGCGCCCGGGGUCCUGUACAACCAGCCGCUUUUCGCCUCGACGCUGCUCACAUGCGAAUGGCACUCGAUCGUUAUCAUGCACGAGAGCCAGGGAGGCAUGGAUACUGGAGGGGAACAGCCGCCCAAGCUGGGGGAGCAUGCAUACGCGAUCUGCCAGAUGUUCGAGGCAAUUGAGCUGUGGCCCUCGGCACCCAAGGGCAGCUUGUUUGUCAUACAGGCCUGCAUCGCAAUUGCGGCGCUCUUUGUCCCAAGGGACACGAGGCACGACAUGUGGAUCAGGCGGAAGUUUGCGUUACUGGAGAUUAUGGGGUACAUCUUCCCCUUCACAAUGCGCACCCGCAUGGCCGAGCUGUUCGGCGACCAGACUUGUGUGCGUUGGUGGCUGCCCGAUGACGAGGGAUACACACCCAUCUUGAAGAGCCUCCGCCUGUUUGCCGACGAGCGCAGCGCGACUGCUGCUACAGCACAGACAGAGAACCUCCGUGAAGUACGAUACAUCUUCGAGACACUGCGCCUCGGCGGAUUGAGUGGCAUCUCAUCACAGACAGACGACAGCCCAGGGCAGUCCAAGGGCAAGGAGAAAGACAUGGCGGAUUGGGCAACAUGACACGAGGGGUGUUGGGCAGGCCUCUCUCUCUCUCUCUCUCUCUCUGCUCGUCGCCUCGCGGGAUUGCCUAAAACAGCUUGCCCUUGGAUCGGCGUUUCGGUGC